ACCGACGAGGUCAUUUGUUCGUAUUUGAAAAAAUUCUUUCUAAAACCUUCAUUUGAAAAGCAUAACAAUUUUUUCUCAGUCACAAAUGCAUAACUAAAAUGGAACGAGUUGAAAUUACCUUUAAAUUUUGUCCGAUAAAAAAGUAAUUGAUAUUAUCUAAUCUUCGAAAUACCACAGAUAUCCUGUAAGAAUAUUUCAAUAGUGAUGAAAUUUCCAAAUUUAUCAAAUCGAUUUACUUUGAUAAAUAUCGCCAUUUUGAACAUUGUGUAAUUGAUAUAGGUGUACAAAACAAGUGUUGGUGUCUCCUCAUACCAUUUUGAAGAAUAACACUCUUGAAAUAAUUGAAAAAAUAAUGAAAUUAGUACCAGGACAUCUACCACCGAUUCCUACAAGUUCUACAAUGGAACGUUUGCCGUUACCGUUACCUUUUAACGCAGAUCUUCUUUGGAGAUAUCCAUUGGGUUUUCCAUCCCUGUCACACCAAAACCCUCCUUCGUCCCCACUGUUGGAUUACAAAAGUCAGUUACCAGCCUCCCUGCCCUCAGAUCCAAGAGUAUGGAAUAGAGAAGACGUAACCACAUUCCUUCAAUGGGCCGAACGAGAAUUUGAUAUUCAACCCAUAGAUCAUGAUAUGUUCCAAAUGAACGGGAAAGCUAUGUGCCUUUUAACGAGAACAGAUCUAGCAGAAAGAGCUCCUGGUUCCGGUGAUGUUCUACACAACGUUCUUCAAAUCCUUGUUCGAGAAGCAAAUAAUUUACAGAGAAUGCUACCAAGCAGUCCCGUUACACCAACAUCGAGACAUCCUUACCCGUUAUCUCCACACUCCCAUGCUCCGACACCAAAUUGGAGCAUUCUAUCGCAAAACAACGAUUCUGUUCAUUCAUCUCACGCUGCUUUAGCAGCUCAUAUCAUGGCUCAAAGCAAUUCAGUAACUUUAAGUCCCGCUCCAUCAGUAGAUAGUCAAGCCAGUAGUCCACAACAUGCGGAUAAUCAAGUUUUUAAUCAUUCUAUAUUCAACGUAAAUGGUAGCAACGGUAGCGGUUCGAAUCCUUCAGAUUCCGACGAAGACGCGGUAGAUAAGAAAGGAUACAGUGGAAGUCCUCCAAACACUCCUACUACUUACUCGUUCAUGAGUCAAAUGCCAUAUUUUCCUCCCAGGAGUCCAAAGGAACCUAUUUCAAGUCCUGCAGCUUUCAAAAAUACCGGAAGAGAAUUUUUUCCUAACGAUCCUUCAGAACCCAACACAAAUGGGAGAUUAUUGUGGGAUUUCCUGCAACAACUGUUGAAUGAUCCUGGUCAGAGAUACACCAGUUACAUUGCGUGGAAAAACCGGGAUACGGGAGUUUUUAAAAUAGUUGAUCCAUCCGGUCUCGCCAAGUUAUGGGGCAUUCAAAAGAAUCACCUUUCUAUGAAUUAUGAUAAGAUGUCUAGAGCUUUAAGAUACUACUACAGAGUAAAUAUUUUACGGAAAGUUCAGGGUGAAAGGCACUGUUACCAAUUUCUCAGGAACCCAACCGAACUGAAAAAUAUCAAGAACAUAUCUUUACUUCGACAGCAAAUGUCCCCAACAAACACAAAUACCAAACCAACACCUCAAAUCCCACAACUGUCGACGACUAAGCAAGAACAACUAACUCACAUGGCCCCAGUCAAAUCGGAACCAGUGGAACCCGUAGAACAAGAAUUACCUCAAUCUCGACCUAUGGUAGAAUAUGAUGAUAAGCCUACGGACUUGAGUAUGGAGGGACCCACUGAUCUUAGUAGUAAUACAAGACAUAUCAAUAUAGUUUGUUCACCAGAUCCGCCCAUCGUGGGACCUCAUCAUUAGCGUAAAGUUUAAACUGAACUGUGCAUUACCUAGUAAUAUAACUGGUGCCAAUAACAAAAGACUUUGUUGAUUAUGUGCAAAUAGUGAUUUAAGUUAUAUUCAGUCAAUGACGUAAACAUGUUUGAACGAAUAGGUGCCUCUAAGAAUCAAUUUUUAUUUUAUUAUUCAGAUAAUGUCAUUAAAAUGCACUAUACUGCUAUAAAUCUAUUUUAAGAUAAACCUUUCGUCUCUAAAACACGAUUUUUUGCAGCUCGUAUAAGUGGAAAAAUUAAGUAUUUGUUUACAUCGCCUCGUUUUAUCAUGUUGACGUCAUUAGAACUUUUUUGUGUAUAUAGAUUAUAGUUUUAAGUUAAAAGAACAGUGCAAUUCGUAUUGUUUUAAAAGAUCACAUGGUUCCAAGAUUAACUUUGCUUUAUAUAAUUUGAAUAAUUGUAAGUAUCAGAGUAGUCUUCGGGACAUUCAGUGUUCUUCUAUUGUUUACAGCGAUUUAUGUGCCAAAAGUUGUAAGUUAUUUUCUUUGGACACAAGAAAUUUUACUUUUUGUUUUGUUACUAGAUGGAUAUUUUUUUUAAAUUCAAAAACAUAUGUUUUAUUUUCAGAAAUAUGUCAAAUUUCGAUUUUAUUUUUUUAGAAAAAUUUUGGUGACUGAGUAAUAGGUAUAACGUCUUCCAAUAAAAUAAGGCCAAUUUGUAAAUUGAUCACAGAGAAUAUUUCAACUGUGUAUUAUUAUGGCAGUUAGAGGGGAGAUUAUUAUCCUCCUAUAUUUUUUUUUAUCGAAGUAUUUUCCUCAUGUACAACUCUGAAAAGUUUUUUGUACAUGUAGACCUCACUAUUGAUCUUAUUUUCUACAUACCCCCUGAAAAUCUAAUCAAAUCUUUAUUUUAUUAGUCCUUGUUUUACAGGUUAUAACUUUAAAUCAAGGACUACCGUUCUCAAUCUCACAAGUUGGCUCUGCCAGCUUUCAAAAUUUGUUAUUAAACUGUUGGAAACAUCUUAAGCAUAAAUCAUUUUGUUUCAAUAUUAAAAUGCUAGCUUGUACCAAUCCGUUUUGUUAGGAAAAUAGGAGGAAAAUAAGUUUCCAAAAGACAACAAUCUCUUAAAUCAUUGAUACUCUUCAAACAUUCGUGACAUAUCAUUUCGGAAACCUCAUUUACCACAAUUAUACUUACUACUUAUUUCAUCUCACAUCCUUGCUUUAAUCAUCACCCCGUUCAAUCUCUUAGAUAAUAGCUAGCGCUUUGUGUGCCUAUAUAUCCAUUUAUUGGGGUGGAUUACUCCUCUUGUUCUUUUGUUAUAGUUCUUUGUUCAGUUUUCCCUGUAUUUCUUGAAGAUUUUCUAUCAUUCUCGCAUUCUUUUGGAUUUAUCUAUUUAUUUACUGGCGUAGUGUCUUCUAGGCGGUUUGAUACCAAGAGUUUACUAAAUCAGCCUCUAGCCAAACUAAAAGUUAACUAUCAUUAUCAGCUUUUAUUUAUUUCCUCCUAGAUACGGACCUGUUCCAAUUGAAUCGCUUCUGUAGAGAUCUGAUAAUAAGUUUAUUUUUGCUUAUCAAGUUUUGACCAGUUUUUAUUUAAAUAUUUGUCGUCGAAUUAUACUCGUUUUCUUUUUUUUUUAAGAUUCAUGGAAAAUUUUCAGUUAUUGUCGUUUUUCUUUGGGCAUUUUAGUUUUUUUUAGACCUUUUAGAUCAGUACCACUGUAACGUAUUUCAAAAUUUUUGACACUUGUAUUCGAGGGUAUUAUGAUUGAUUUCACCACGACUCAACUAUUUAGUUGUGAAGAGUGCGCAUACAAGAAAUUAAUAGUCGAUGAGAUUUCAAUUAUUUCCAAUUCAUGAAUAUUCCUAAAUGAUUUAUCGAAUAGCUCUGGUGAGUGCUCUCCUUUAUUUGGAGAAUAAACAGAGAAAGAAGAUAAUCUGUUCAUCCCAUCAAGAGAUUAUCACGUGGAAAAUUCCACGCGUUACAUGGUAAAUUGAAGAAAUUAUUUCGUUAAUUGGUCCGCCCAUCUUGAGACAACUUCCCGCCACAUCUCUCUCAAUUUUCAUUUCAAAUUCUAGUCUAGUUCCAACCAUCCAGAUACGACAUCCAUACAAACUUCCUCCCAUAUCUUUUUCUUCAGAUUAAUGUAUGAAUAUCCUUUCAGACUCUUCAAGUGAAACGCAGGUCUUUUUUCUACGCUAUUAAUGAACUUCUCCAUGUUUGACUGGCAGUCGCGGAGCGACUGUUUAGUCAAUGGUCUGCUUUUAAAUCAAAACCAAAUCGAUAAAGCUUUUUUACUUUUCUGUUGAGCAACUAUUGAGCUGACAGUAUGUGCGCUUUAAUAUAUUCUUUUAAACAUUUGGUACAUAACAAAACAGUUAAGCAACUACUGUAUGUAAGAGCCUUACCUUUUCUGUCUCCAGGACCGAAUUCAUGCUUUACUUUUUCACAAUCUACUGUGUAACGAUAUUUUAAAAUAAUUUUUUUAAUUCUUACAAGAAAUGUUCGAUAAUUUAUUAAGCCAUACUACUAAAUACAAAAUUAGUUUCUACUGGUAAUGUUAUAUUAAUAAUUUUGUCCCAAUCUCUCCUCUGGAUUGUCGUAAAACACAAGAAAUAUUGAAAUAUUCAUUGGAAGUUCAAAUAACAAAAAUACUAAUAAUAAAUUUUAUUCGUGCAAUAUCUAUUUUGAAAUCUAAGUGAAUACUUUAGCUUUCCAUAUUUGAUGUGUGAUAAAAAUUAGGAAGACAUUGGUUACUGAAUAUUGUGAUACAAAUUUUCGAGUCUCCCUACCCUUUUAUGGGUUAUACGACUGGAAUAUCUGGAAUGGAGCAAUAAAUCUCAGUCGCCAAAAAGGGCAGCUUUAAUUUUUUUUUCCAUUAUAAGAAACGGGAAGUGAUAAUUGUUGACAAUAUUUGGAUUUUUAAAAGUGUACAAAUUUAAUAGUUAGGACUGGAGUGUCCGAAUCAAGCAAAUUAUAAUAAUAAAACAGAAAAAUGUGACACUUCACCUUUUCUUUAAAUAACUUUUAAUGCAAAAAAUAAGAUCACGAAAUUGUGUUGAUAUCCCAGCACACUUAUGCUAAAAAUCAUUAAGUGUAAUAUAUGAAAAAAAUCCAAGUGAUUGGCUCGUUACGAAUCCGUCGUCAAAAAAACCGCGCUCUUUUGUUACCGAGAUAUUGAGUUUAUUCAAAUGAUACAGGAAAUAAUUUUAUUUUUUGCAGAACCAUGGAUUAGUAAUAAAAUGAUAAUAACAGUUUAUUUCUAUUAGCACAGCUGAUAACGAAUUAUUGCGCAUGCUCAGCGCACCGACUGUCAUUCUUCUUCUUCGUUGGUCAUCAACUUUUUUUUAUUAUUGUUUGUAAAAAUGAUUAGUUUGAUAUAUAUUACUUACCAGCUGCAACCCAAUAUUCUUUUUAUACUGUACUGUAAAGUCGACUUUACAGUCCUAGUUUGAGUCCGGAAAAUGGUGCUUUUACUUUACAGUACUCUUAAAUGUUUCCUUGUAUUUCUUAUGCCACUCGCAAAACAUCACAUAUUCUUUUUCGUACCUUUUCGAAGACUUAAUUGGAAUAAUUUGCCCUACUGCUUCUGCACUUUUCUCGGCAAUUUUAUUUGAAUUUUCAGCCAUUCUGCUAUGGGCACUAUUUCGCAAUUUUGAUUUCCUUAAGUUAUAAAUCUUGUAAUUAAUGGACAUUCUUCAAGCUCUGAUACGUUGAUUUUACAAUUUAUGAUGCAACCUUCAAUCUCGAAAUGCGAUUGACUUCAUUAAUUCAACUCGUUUUUCGUAGAAAUAUGUUUUUACUUUUUUCCUCAUUGAAAAUCUUAAACUUUUCAAAUCUAUUAUUAGUAGAGGAAAAUGUUUCCAUUAAGGAAUCCAGUGGACACGUGUUGGCACUAAUACAAGAAUGGAAAAUUCUGCUGAGCUCCAUUUAAAAUGAUGAAUAUCACCACUACACACCUGAGUCCAUAGAAUGAGAUGUGACGAGCGAGAGACGCCGUGAAGUUAUGCAAUGGGCGGUGCUCUGAGCAUGCGCAGUAACCCGUAUCAGCUGUGCUAAUGGCAAUAAACUGUUAUUUUCAUUUUAUUGCUAAUCCAUGGAAGUUCUGUAUAAAAUAAAUUUAUUUCCUCUUUAAUUUGAAUAGGCUGAAUCAUUUGGUGCCGUCUAAUAUUAAAUAAUGGAACAUUUCUUAGAAAAAAAUUAUAUAACAGAAUAACACGGAAUUUUUUCAAAUAUUACACUUAAUGUUUUUAGCAUGUAUGCUGGGGUCACGGAAGUCAGUUAAUGCAAUACAAGUUUCAAAAUAUCCGCAGGUCCGGCUUAAAAAAUAUUCCAUUUAAAAAUUAUUAUUAUAUACAAUACUUAUAGUAGUUGCCAGAUAUUGUAGUAAUUGAAGACAGUAUUUGAUGAAACUAUAAUUAACAAAUGUGUGUCAAUCUCUCAUUUUUAUAGGAUGAGACUUCACAUUUCAGUGACUUACAUGUAAAACCAAUUUUCCAAAUAUGUUAAUUUAAACCAAAGUUGGUCUGAUACAAAAACUAGAAAUAUUCUUCUACUUUUAAUAGCAGUGUUAUUUUGGAUGUUGGAAACUUAUAUAGCCAUUCUCAAUUCAUUCGCAAAAUUAUGAAUUAUCAUUGAUUACUACCACAGGAAUGUUUCAAUUUUUUUCAGCCAGAAGCUUCUUUUCAAUAUGGACCCGUCCUUCCAUUUAUUUUAUCUAGCAACGAUGAGAGAGUGUAUGCUUAACUUAUUUGUAUUGUUACAGAAAACCCACUUUUUCUACAAACUUCAAAAAAUGACAAGGUAUCACGCAUUGAUCGCAAUAUGCUGAGUGUGAUAGUUAUUUUUAAUUGUAGACUAUUUACAGGUUUUAGUAGACCCAUUGCUGAGGUAUUUCUGAUAAAAAAUAUGAAUAUCAGCUGUAUUGUUCAAAAUUUACUUAAUGUCUAGUCCCCCAUGGACACCUGGGGGCUCACCUCGACCGUUUUGGGAACCACUGCUCUACUUCCACUCUGAUUUUAUUGUUAUUUCAUUAUAUAAUCAAUCUGUAAACGCUUUUCGAUUAAUCCAUUUUCAAUCUAUCUUUGACUUCCUCAAAAAUUUUUUCUGAUUAUUUAAAAGUCUCUGUCAUCUUCAUUCUCUAACUAAAUUUCUUCAACCAGUAUGUUUAAUUCUACUGCGUUGAAACCAGCGGUGGUUCAUCAAACUAUGCUUCAAGCUACUUUAUCUGGUAGUUACAAAUAUUUUGUGUUUAUAUUUAAUAUAAAUAAAAUGGAUCAAAAAAACGUUAACGAUUAAUUGAAAACCAAAAUUUUAGAGUAACGUUGCAAACUUUUUAGUUUCUUAUAACAACACAGUGAAUUUUGAAGUAAAAACUUACUCGGUUAAAUUGUAUUUAUUAUUAUUAUUAUUGAAAAGGAUGAAGGGAAAUUUGAAGAUAAAGUAAAAUUUUUACUGGCUACCUGGCUUUAACGUGUGCAAAAAAAUACCACAUUCCAUAAUUGUGGCUAUUGCCUUAGUUUAACUUUUAUAAAUGUAAAAUAAAAAUAUAGCUGAAUUUUCCAGCUCCACUUCUGUGAUCUCUAAAAGUAAAAAAAAAUGACUCAAAAUGUGUGAUCAUAAUAGGUAUAUAUACAUAUAUUUAUAUACUUAAACAUAUUAUAUAUACAUUUGAAAAAUUAUACGUACAGGGUGGAAAGUAAUGAAACUAUUUUCUGUACCAACAAAUAUUUUAACAAAAUUUCAAUGUUGGUUUGGAAUUUUUGUAAAUUUAUAAGAGUUUUUGAAAUAAAACACAUGGCAGUAUCUAGAGUACCCCUUUUUGUUAUACUACCUUGUAUAUUUGUAUAUAUUUUACAAUUACAAAUGAAAUAUAUAGUUUACUUUCGAUUUCUAAUUGUUAAUGAUUUUGAAAAAUAAAAUGAUAC